GUGUAGACGAUACGAAAUACGUCCGGGCCAAGUACCUUUCUUAUAGAAGAAAACCGAUGGGCCACCAAUUGCAAGCAUUCAGCGUAUCACAACACGAGAUCAUACCACAACAACCUCGGGAACAGCAAAAACGAGCUUCACUUAUAAUGCAGUGUUGGAACAUGGCACAAAAAUUGAAGCAACGCCUGCUCGAAAAUCGCUAUGAAAUGCCUUCUCGCCACGAUCCUUGCGCUGCACUCCGCAGCUGUAGCAGCGCAAGGGAAAUGCGACCACUACCUAGAUCAAGAUUGCGUCGACGCAUUCGGUUCGGUGUCUUUUGAGUUCCAGCCUCUCUUCUCAUCGGCCCCGCGUUUCGCAUACGGCUUCCGCGUGUACUUCGAAGGCGAGAUAUCCAGCACCCUCGUCGGUCACCCCUUGAACUAUCGCGGCGACACGAACGAAGCAAAGAUGUGGCUGGAGUACGCCAACGAGACUCUCAACAUCGAUACCAGCGCGAACAGGACUACUCACUUUGCAACUCUGCUUACCAACGCCACCGGUACGGUUUCCGGCGGAAGCAAUGGCUGUGAGGGUCUCCUCGGCGCCGAUUGCGUGAACAACCUCAAAGAUGUUCUUAAAUGGGCAGUGGUGCUCUCGCCUGAUUAUCAGCGGAAUGUUUUUGACAACAACGUCGGGAAAUUCCAGACGACGCCGCUGACGAAUCUGAGUUGUCCUGCUGGCAUUUUCGACCACUAUCAGAGCAUGUUGAACCGAGGUGUCGUGGACGAAUACCCGUACGACAUAUACAUGUGGCUGAAAGCCCAGCCGCCGAAGCCGUCGGGGAAUGCGUCUUACCCGUGGACGACGGACUUGAUGUAUCAUUCUGCGGAGGAGUACAUGGCUUGGGCAGCCAUUGGCAUUAUUGCGCGAUAUCCGAACUACACGCCUCGGAACUACGACGACAUCCAGCUGGAGCUGGUUUGCCUGAGGCCGACGGCAGUUGAAGGAAGCGGAGACCGAAUCGAUACCAGCAAAGUGACUAUUGUGCCAAGUGCAGCCGGACCGACGUCGACGGGUGGUUCGCAGCCUGAUGGUGCGGAUAAUCUGCGGAAGGUUAAUUCACUGUUGCUAGUUGUUUUGGCGAUAAUUGGUGGUGCAUUUCGCCUUGUAUGAAGGAAGAGCGCAUUACAGAGUCGAAGCUGUGG